CCCAUCUCUGCUGCUGCUACAAACCUGUCUGCCUCCUUCUCCUGCCAGGCCUCUCAGGAACACUGGCCCUGCUACCGGAGCCCCAGGAGCCCCCAUGAGUGCUGGUGAAGGGAGUGCUGGAUAGCGAGGCCCCCGGCUGGCCCACCGCUGGGCACCUCACCAUGCCGCCCAUCCUCCAGCACCUGCAGCAGGCCACCAAGAUGCUGAGCCGCCGGAGGGUCCUGCUGCUGCUGCUGGGGUGCAGCACCUUGAGCCUGCUCAUCCACCAGGGGGCGCAGCUCAGCUGGUACCCGAAGCUGUUCCCCCUGAGCUGUCCGCCUCUGCGGGAGUCACCACCGCGCCCCAAGCACAUGACGGUGGCCUUCUUGAAGACACACAAGACGGCGGGCACGACGGUGCAGAACAUCCUGUUCCGCUUUGCCGAGCGCCACAACCUGACGGUGGCCCUGCCGCACCCGAGCUGCGAGCACCAGUUCUGCUACCCACGCAACUUCUCGGCGCACUUCGUGCACCCGGCCACGCGGCCACCGCACGUGCUCGCCAGCCACCUGCGCUUCGACCGCGCUGAGCUGGCGCGUCUCAUGCCGCCCGGCACCAUCUAUGUCACCAUCCUGCGCGAGCCGGCCGCGAUGUUCGAGUCGCUUUUCAGCUACUACAACCAGUACUGCCCGGCCUUCCGGCGCGUGCCCAACGCCUCGCUGGAAGCCUUCCUGCGCGCGCCCGAGGCCUACUACCGCGCGGGCGAGCACUUCGCCAUGUUCGCGCACAACACGCUGGCCUACGACCUGGGCGGCGACAACGAGCGCAGCCCUCGCGACGACGCCGCCUACCUGGCCAGCCUCAUCCGCCAGGUAGAGGAGGUCUUCUCGCUGGUCAUGAUCGCUGAGUACUUCGACGAGUCGCUCGUGCUGCUGCGGCGCCUGCUGGCCUGGGACCUGGACGACGUGCUCUACGCCAAGCUCAACGCGCGCGCCGCCACCUCGCGCCUGGCUGCCAUCCCCGAGGCGCUGGCGCGGGCUGCACGCGCCUGGAACGCGCUGGACGCCGGCCUCUACGACCACUUCAACGCUACCUUCUGGCGCCGAGUGGCGCACGCCGGGCGCGCGUGCGUGGAGCGCGAGGCGCGCGAGUUGCGCGCGGCCCGCGAGCGCCUGCUUCGCAGUUGCUUCGGUGCCGAGCCCGUGCUGCGGCCGGCCGCGCAGAUCCGCACCAAGCAGCUGCAGCCGUGGCAGCCCAGCCGCAAGGUGGACAUCAUGGGCUACGACCUGCCCACCGGCGGCGCGGGGCCCGCCACCGAGGCCUGUCUCAAGCUGGCCAUGCCUGAGGUGCAGUAUUCCAACUACCUGCUGCGCAAGCAGAAGCGCCGAGGCGUGGCGCGCCCCAGGCCCGAGCCAGUGCUGGACAAUCCUCCUCCUCGACCCAUCCGUGCACUGCCCCGCGGCCCGCAGGGACCCUGAGCCCCCUGGCCUUCCUAGGCUGAGGUCCGCCUCUGUGCCCGUCCCACCACGGGGGCUG